AUGAUGAAGGCGGGGGAGCGGCCCAACUCGAAGCUGCUCCGCGGCGGGCGGCAGGAGUCGCGGCGGUUUCGGCUGCUGGCCGUCGUCGUCGGCUUCUUCCUCGUCUCCCUCACCUUCGUCCUCGUCUCCAAGCCCGACGCCAUCCUCUUCGGCCUGAACGGCAAGCUGCCGGCGGAGCAGGCGCCGGCGUCCAUCCUGAUCCAGCAGAAGGUCAACACGCCAGCCCAGAAGACCUCCACCGACGCCAUCAUCGGUGGAGACCCCAAAGUGGUCGACGAUGAAACCUAUGUAAAGCCAAAAGGCUCGAGCUUGAGCAACGUCGUCCAGGAACAGCAGGAGCAGCAGCAGCAGGGGAGCAGGCCGCUGUGCGACUUCUCCAACUUCCGGGCGAACGUGUGCGAGAUGCGCGGCGACGUGAGGGUGCACCCGAAGGCCACCUCGGUGCUCUUCAUGGAGCCCGAGGGGUCGCAGCGGGACGAGGUGUGGAAGAUCAAGCCCUACCCGCGGAAGGGCGACGAGUUCUGCCUCAGCCACAUCACGGAGCUGACGGUCAAGUCCAGCAAGGUGGCCGCCGAGUGCACCGUGUACCACGACGUGCCCGUGGUCAUCUUCUCCCUCACCGGCUACACGGGCAACCUCUUCCACGACUUCACCGACGUGAUCGUGCCGCUCUUCACCACGGCCGCCCAGUUCGACGGCGAGGUGCAGUUCCUCGUCACGGACAUGGCGCUCUGGUGGACCGUCAAGUACCACACCCUGCUCCAGAAGCUGUCCAGGUACCCGUUGAUCGACUUCGGCAAGGACGACCAGGUGCGCUGCUUCAAGCACGCCAUCGUCGGCACCCACGCCUACAUGGAGUUCACCAUCGACGCCGCCAAGUCGCCCAACGGGGUCACCAUGGUCGACUUCAACCGGUUCAUGCGGGACGCCUACUCGCUGCCCAAGGCCGCCGCGGCGGCGCUCGGGGAGAGCCCCAGGGUGAAGCCCAGGCUGCUCAUCAUCAAGCGGCACCGGACGCGGAUGUUCCUGAACCUGGAGGAGAUCAUCGGCAUGGCGGAGGAGCUCGGGUUCGAGGUGGUGAUCGACGAGGCCAACGUGAGCUCCGACAUCAACGGCUUCGCGAGGCUGGUGAACUCGGUGGACGUGAUGAUGGGCGUGCACGGCGCCGGGCUCACCAACUGCGUCUUCCUGCCGCAGAACGCGACGCUCAUCCAGAUCGUGCCCUUCGGCGGCCUCGACUGGAUCUCCCGCACCGACUUCGGGAACCCCUCGGAGAUGAUGGGCCUCCGCUACAAGCAGUACGCCAUCACCGUCGACGAGAGCAGCCUCACCGACCACUACCCGAGGGACCACAAGAUCUUCAGGGACCCCAUCUCCUUCCACAAGCGCGGCUUCGAGUUCAUCCGCCGCACCUUCAUGGACAAGCAGAACGUGAGGCUCGACUGCAAGAGGUUCAGACCUGUGCUGCUGGAGGCGCUCGACAACCUCAACCAGUAA